AAAAUGUCCUUUAACAAUCAAACACUUCCGCACCCACCAUCUUCAUCCCCUUCCCCAAAUGACAAAGCAGCAGCCCUCCCUCGACCGGCGAAUCCAGUCCCUCUUCCCGUUUGCACUGGCCUCGCUGCUUGUCCUAGGGACCGCACGCCUAGUCCUCGACGCCUUGAAGAGCAAUGACAGCUUUGUCUUUCAGAUGUAUGGCUGGCCAAGAGGCCAGAAACCGAGACCGGCAGUUGUUAUUUCACCGGAGGACCGGAUUGACGAGAGCUGCAAUGUGUUUGAAGGGAAGUGGGUGUGGGAUAAUUUGUCACAUCCUCACUAUACAGAAGAGAGCUGCCCCUACUUGGUAAAGCAAGUUACUUGCCAGAGGAAUGGGAGGCCUGAUUCUUACUACAAGAAUUGGAGGUGGCAACCAAAUGACUGCAACCUCCCAAGGUUUGAUGCUUUGAAGCUAAUGCAGAUUUUGAGGGGCAAAAGGCUGAUGUUUGUUGGAGACUCAGUACAAAGAGGCCAGUUUGAAUCCCUGGUCUGCAUGGUUCAAUCUAUAACACAAGGAAAAAGGUCCCUCCAAAGAGUCCCUCCUCGAAAGAUCUUCAGAGUAGAGGAGUUUGAUGCAUCGAUUGAGUACUACUGGGCUCCGUUUCUCGUGGAGUCUAUUUCGGACCACGCGACGAAACAUACUGUGCUGAAACGGCUGGUGAACCUUGACUCCAUAACCAACCACGGCAAGCACUGGGAAGGAGUAGAUAUCUUGGUGUUUGAGAGCUAUGUGUGGUGGAUGCACAGCCCUACAGUCAAUGCUACAUAUGGAUCUCCAGAUGUACAAGAAUAUAAAGUCACUACAGCAUACAAACUAGCCUUACAAACUUGGGCAGACUGGUUAGAAUCCAGCAUCGACCCUGAAAGGCAAAAGGUCUUCUUCAUGAGCAUGUCUCCAACACAUUUAUGGAGUUGGGAAUGGAAGCCGGGAAGUGACGAAAACUGCUUCAAUGAGUCAUACCCGAUUGAGGGUUCAUACUGGGGAACUGGUUCAAACAUGGAAAUCAUGGAUAUUAUACACGACCAAAUGCAGGAUCUGAAAGCGAAGGUAACAUUUUUGAAUAUCACCCAAUUGUCAGAGUACCGGAAAGAUGCACACACAUCGGUUUAUGGAGAACGUCGGGGAAAGCUCUUGACGAAGAAACAAAGAUCGGAUCCUAAAAAAUUCGCCGACUGCAUUCACUGGUGCCUACCUGGGGUUCCUGAUACAUGGAAUGAAAUUUUGUAUGCACAUUUGAUGAAGAGUCACCAAAAUAUUUUGUAACACGAAUUUAACAAUCAAGUCUUCGAUAAAAUGUACGAAAGGUACAUUUGUAUGCUAAUAUUGAGGAUUAGUAGUGCAGCAUUUUUCCAGGAAGAAGAGAGAGAUGUAACACCUGCAAUAGCAUUUGUAUUGAACUCUUUUGUUGAUCUUCUUCAACCAACAAACGAAA